GAAAAAACAACACAUUAUUAUUCAUAUCAUCUUGAGUUGCGUACAGAAAACCAAAACACUCAAACACCGCCAUCUUCCUCCUCCGAUCCGAUCAUCCACCGUCGAAUUAACCCUCCACGUGGUAACCACCACCGAUCACCGUCGCCGGAGCUCAACCAAUCACGAAAACCUUGAUUUUCAGACAGAGACACUCGCCGAUAAAUGUGACCAAAUCAACGCUAGCCAUUAGAUUUUCAUUCUCCUUCAAACGCGCGUAGCUCACCAAACUUGAAAUCCAAUCCCAACCUCUCACGUUUUCCUUCUCCGUCGUCGUCGUUUCUUCUGAUUCCGGUUCGCUCGGGCUAUGCUUGCUGCUGCUACGCCGGCUCGCCUCUGAACCGAACCGGUUGGUUCGAUCGGCGGCGGUGGAUGAUGAGAGGGAGCAGCUGCUGGCUCAACCGUCGCGCGGAGCAGAGGUUCCGCCUGCUCGCGAUCUCCACCGUUAAAUCAGCUAAGAUCAAGCUUCUACUCUUCUGUUGCGUCGCGUUGACGCUUCUCGCUUUCUUCACCAGCGCUUCCUCUUUCAUCUUAUGGAACAAUCACACCCCUCCUCUGCCUCAUUCCUCUGAUUCCAGGAAAGGAUAUUCUAUCGUAAUGAACACGUGGAAGAGAUAUGAUCUCCUAAAGCAGUCAAUCAAGCACUAUUCAUCAUGCCCUCGUCUUGAAUCGGUACAUAUUGUGUGGAGUGAGCCCGAUCCUCCUUCAGAUGCUCUUUUAAAAUUUCUGCACCAUGUUGUGAAGUACAAGUCUAAAGAUGGGCGACAAGUGAAAUUGAGGUUUGAUAUCAACAAGGAAGACAGUUUGAACAAUAGAUUUAAAGAAAUUAAGGAUUUGGAGACAGAUGCAGUCUUUUCCAUUGAUGAUGAUGUCAUAUUUCCUUGCUCUUCAGUGGAAUUUGCAUUUGAUGUUUGGCAAAGUGCACCUGAUACAAUGGUGGGGUUCGUGCCUCGGGUCCAUUGGGAGGAUCCAUUGAAAGAAGAUGGCAACAAGUUUAGAUAUGGUGGAUGGUGGUCUGUGUGGUGGACGGGAACAUAUAGCAUGGUGCUCUCCAAGGCAGCAUUCUUUCACAAAAAGUAUUUCAUUCUCUACACAAAUGAGAUGCCAUCAUCAAUUAAAGAAUAUACAACAAAGAACAGGAAUUGUGAAGAUAUCGCAAUGUCUUUCCUUGUUGCAAAUGCAACUGGUGCCCCGCCCAUAUGGGUUAAAGGUAAAAUAUUUGAGAUUGGAUCAACUGGAAUCAGUAGUUUGGGAGGUCACAGUGACAAAAGAACAGAGUGCGUCAACAGAUUUGUUGACGUGUUUGGGCGGAUGCCCUUAGAGUAUACUUCAGUUAAGGCCGUCGACAGUCGAAAUAUCUGGUUUUGGUGACUGAAGAUUUUGAUUGUCUUUGCAUUUCUAUAUUCCACGAUGGUCAAUUAUGCUAUGUUUGGAUAUCCAUUGGUACUGGUGCUAACAGAGAUAGCUUGCACUUCAAGAGAAAAAGUAAGCAGAACUCUUGUCUUACGUAUUGAGAAGAAAGUCUGUUCAUGUUAAAUUCAACUGGUAUCCAAACAUUCACUUAGUAGCUAGUUGAGUUACUAAGUUCACGUUAGUUACAGAGCUGUGUGAUAUUGAAUCUUACACAUAAUUCUUGCACUUUGGCUAGUUUAGCAAAUUCCUCAGAUUGAUUUGUUGUAUUACUAGUGACAUUUGAUGCUAGGCAGCAUCCUGGGGCUGCUUUUGUCUCAAAGCUUUAAGAAUUUGAUUGUAAAAUAUUAAAGGAUACUGCACACUUAGUCAUGAAACUCCCAUGCUUCCUUCAUGAACUUUUGAGCUAAUAUUAUUUCUGUGCAUUGGAUA